UGUCGAUGUUUACAAAUCGGCUUGCAAAUGAAGCAUUUUUAUAGCAUUCAGUUCAGUUCUAGUAGACCUAGUUAUACUGGAAUACUCUCAAUUAUAGUAAUUAUAAUUCACCUGCCUGUUAUAUCUGAAAGUAAAACAAGAGUGGGAGAAAUCAAUGUAACGCUGUAUAGAGAAAAAGUAAAAAAUAUGUUUUACCAUGCUUAUGAAGGCUAUUUAAAAUAUGCCUAUCCUUAUGAUGAAUUACAGCCUUUGACCUGUGGGGGUCAUGACACUUGGGGCAGUUAUUCUUUGACAUUGAUUGAUGCAAUGGAUACACUGGCUGUCAUGGGAAACUACUCUGAGUUUCGACGGAUUGCACAGAUUUUAAUAGACAAAGGAGAAAGUUUCUUUGACAUUGAUAUUAAUGCUUCUGUUUUUGAGACAAACAUACGAAUUGUUGGGGGUCUUCUAUCUGGCCACCUGCUCAUGAAGAGAGCUGGGAUGGUCUUAGAGCCAGCCUGGCCAUGUUCAGGCCCUCUGCUGAGGAUGGCAGACAACAUUGCCAGGAAAAUUUUACCAGCCUUUGAUACACCUACUGGCAUGCCAUACGGUACAGUGAACCUGCGCCAUGGGGUCCCUAAAGGUGAGACCACAGUCACAUGUACAGCAGGCGUGGGAACUUUUAUUGUUGAGUUUGGCACUUUGAGUCGGUUAACUGGAGACCCCAUUUUUGAAAAGGCUGCAAUAAGAGCAAUAAGAUCUUUAUGGAAAUAUAGAUCUUCUUUAGGACUGCUAGGCAACCAUAUAGACGUCAGCAAUGGUAAAUGGACAGCUCUAGACUCAGGAAUUGGUGGUGGCAUUGAUUCAUAUUUUGAGUAUCUGGUCAAAGGAGCUGUCAUGUUUAAUAUACCAGAACUUCUGCACAUGUUUAGAGAAUAUGAAGAGCCUAUAAAAAAAUACAUCAAAAGAGAUGACUGGUACAUGUGGGCACAGAUGAACAAGGGGUCAAUAACUCUGCCUUUGUUUACAUCUUUAGAUGGCUUCUGGCCAGGAAUUCAGGCCAUUCUAGGAGAUAUAGAAGAUGGGAUGAAAACGAUUCACAACUUCCAUCAAGUGUGGAGACAGUAUGGCUUUACACCUGAAUAUUACAACAUCCCAAAGGCUGAUGUCCACCAGGGUAGAGAAGGCUAUCCAUUGAGACCAGAAAUCAUUGAAAGUGUCAUGUAUCUGUAUCAAGCAACCAAGGAUCCGUACCUGCUUGAAAUGGGUGUGGAUAUUGUUGAAAGUAUUGAGCACAGUGCCAGGACAGCUUGUGGAUAUGCUACAAUCAAAGACGUGAGAGACCACAGACUUGAGGACAGAAUGGAAUCUUUUUUUCUAGCGGAGACGACCAAAUAUUUGUACCUCUUGUUUGACCCCGACAACUUCAUCCACAACAACGGCAGCCGCGGCGAUGUGGUGCACACACCCAGCGGCUCCUGUGUCAUAGAGGCCGGUGGCUACGUCUUCAACACAGAGGCUCACCCCAUCGACCUGGCCGCCGUCCACUGCUGCAGCGCCUUCAAGAAAGAAGAGGAGCGUGUGCUGCAGGAGUUCCACGACAACCUUGACCUUCUCUCUCUGUUUAGCCUGGUGGAAACCAAAGAACCAACCAACUGGUUGUCUGCUAACAAAAGAUUCAAAAAGAAGACAGCGAAGAGGGUUGCUGGGGUUGGUAAGGAGGAUGAGGUGGAAGGCAGUGAACAUGUUGAUGUUGUCAAGGUUAAUGAAGAUGAGGAUGUUAAGGAAGACAGUCCUGAUGAUGAUGAUGAUGAUUUUAAGAGUUUUGAGGAUAUGGAUACAGAUUUCAAGUCCUGGAGGGAUAAAGACUCAGUUGAUUCACACAAGCACAAGUCUGAUGGUAAACGCUCUCUUGAAGUUAUAGACAUGACAAGUUUUACUGAGAAGGAGAGAAAUCUGACGCACAUUUUCCUGAAGGAGAUGCAGAUACAGAAUAUAUUGAAAAACCUUUCGGUGCAAAUAGCAGAAAAGUUAAGACAGCAGUACAAGGAUUCUGAGUAUGAGAAUCUGGCCAACAAUGCUGCCAAGAAGAUUCUGGAAGCUGGGGACAAUUUGCCAGUUGUGGAGACAGUGCAGAAUUCUACAAAUGUGCCUGAGACUGCCCCUGCUACAAAUGUGCCAGAGCCUGCCCCUGCUACAAAUGUGCCAGAGCCUGCCCCUGCUACAAAUGUGCCUGAGCCUGCCCCUGCUACAAAUGUGCCAGAGCCUGCCCCUGCUACAAAUGUGCCUGAGCCUGCCCCUGGUACAAAUGUGCCUGAGCCUGCCCCUGCUACAAAUGUGCCAGAGCCUGCCCCUGCUACAAAUGUGCCUGAGCCUGCCCCUGGUACAAAUGUGCCAGAGCCUGCCCCUGCUACAAAUGUGCCUGAGCCUGCCCCUGGUACAAAUGUGCCAGAGCCUGCCCCUGCUACAAAUGUGCCUGAGCCUUCCCCUGGUACAAAUGUGCCAGAGCCUGCCCCUGCUACAAAUGUGCCAGAGCCUGCCCCUGGUACAAAUGUGCCAGAGCCUUCCCCUGCUACAAAUGUGCCUGAGACUGCCCCUGGUACAAAUGUGCCUGAGACUGCCCCUGGUACAAAUGUGCCUGAGACUGCCCCUGGUACAAAUGUGCCUGAGACUGCCCCUGGUACAAAUGUGCCUGAGACUGUCCCUGCUACAAAUGUGCCAGAGACUGCCCCUGCUUCAAAUGUAAUUGAUCAGGUUUCACAUCCAGUAGCCUCACAAGGUGAGUUGUCUGGUGACACAAGUCACCCUGAGGCAAGUCACCAUGAAGAGGAACAGAAAGAUAACCAGGCAAUGAUUGUAGAAGAAAAAGUUGUAAGCAGUGAUGGGGAAAGGAAAACUGUCAUCCAGCAUAAAAUAACUCUGAGAGGCGAGGAAAGUGUUGUCAUCAUUAAAAUGGGCAAAGAAUCUGAUGGUAAAGAAUUUGAUGGUAAAGAAUCUGAUGGUGAUUCUUCAACAAAAAUGGAAACAGGUCAAGGGGAGGUAACACCCCAACAAAGUACAGAAGAAACUGUCAGGUCACCAAACCCAACAACAGAAAAAUUCAAGUCCCACAUAGAGCACCAGAUACAGACCCAGAGCACUCAGCAGGAUCCAGCCUCACCCGUCAUGGCGCCUGACACGCCCCCCUCACCCCUAGAGGUCAAGAGAGACAACAUUCUAUCAAUCACAAGAAAAAUUCUCAACCUAUUCUCCAGUACAACAGAGGAGACAGAGCAGGAGUCCAAAGCUCCCAGCCUGUCUGGUCUCUACACCUCCUUGUCUAACUACACAUUAAAUUAUUUUCAUGACCCCACAAUCCUGCACUGUCCUGCCCAGACAUUCCACAGCAGGGUCUCCGUCUAUGGGGAGAUGUUCCAGGAUGAUUAACUCUUGCUGAGAGAAUUUAACCAAUCAAAUUCUUCCAUUCUGGCAGCAUUCAAUCUGCUCAAGUCCUCUACAUCAACCUUUUAACUUUUAUUUCUUUUAAUUCUGGCUGUGUUUAUUUCUCAGUUAAGUUUGUGUUUUAUCUUGUCUGGUUUUUGUUUUUACAUCAACCACUGACAGUUUUUUAAAUAACUCAGAACAUGCACUGAGGAUUACCUUAAGUUAAAAAAAUAACGUCAUAAGUUUUAUUAAAUUAUUUUAAUGAACUUUAAGAUCACAACACAUUAUGUGAUAUGUAGGCAUGAGGUCUUUAUAAAACAUGGGUGUCAUCUCCAGUUAACUAAACAUUGGAGUACCACAUUUUACCACUGAGAGGAGUUGGAUGCUGUUGUAAACUGAUGAUUUUUUAAAUCCAUCAAGAUUUUUAAAUCCUUGAAAAUGCACUUCGAGGAUCUCCUUUUUAUAAAAGGAAUUUUAAAGAUUACUUUUGGUUCUUGGGUUCAUUUUUAUGCAACAAGUUGAUUGAAAUUAUAUUUUAUUUAUUUAAACUUUAUUUUAUGUUAAAGUAUUAAUUAAUGCAUAUUGCAUUCAUUUUGCCAUUUUUUAUUUCUGAUAUCAUUUAUUGUUAUGUUGUAUGGAUUGUUAGUGUUAAGGUAAAGUGAUUAUAAAUAUUUGGAUGUAAUGAUUAUAAAUGGACCACAUAUGAAUGUGCCCAAUGUGAAGUAGGCUUUGUGUGGAUGCUAAAACUGUAGGCAAAUGUGAUUGACUAAGUGACAACUAUUUUAAAAUUAAUUUCUGUGAUACGUUCAAUUAAUGUUUAUGUUCACUAUUCCCACAUAUUAAAGACAUUAUUUCACUUAAUCUAUU